UCGCUGCUUAUUUGAAACAGAGCUCUCUCCUCUCUCAAUGUCUCCGUCAUCAAUCAUCAUCGUCUCACCGCUUCCAUAACUCUCUCUAUUUGUGUGUUUAUCUAGCUCGCCGCAUUGAAUGCUAGCGGUGCAUGAUCUCGUUUCGAUGCUUUCCGUCUUCGUUCGGUUCGGAAAUUGGAUGUGGUUUGGAGCUUGAUGAAACGCCAAUUUUCAGAUUGAUAGGCCGUUGAGAAGGAAGUUAUGAUCCAAGUAAAAAAGGAAAUACCCAAAGAAGAGUUGAUGAAUCAUGUUGGGAUUCCUUGGUAUUCAGCAUUUUACCACACUAAAUAUGAUGCUGUGACUCCAAAAUCUUCGUAUGAUUCUCGUUCAAAUGCCGGGGGAUCUUCCCUAACUCCAAAGCGUUCCUCCAAAGCAGGCUGGACGGAUGAUGAGGAUAAGCGGCUUGCUGAAGUAGUGAAGUGGUUCAAGGCCAGGAACUGGAAAAAAAUAUCUGAACACUUUCCUGGACGGACAGAUGUUCAAUGCUUGCACCGUUGGCAGAAGGUUUUGCAUCCAGACCUCAUAAAAAGCCCUUGGACAAAGGCGGAGGAUGACCGUGUUAUAGAGUUCGUUCGGAGGUUUGGUAAUAAAAAAUGGUCAUUUAUUGCAAACUUUGUAGAUGGUCGAAAUGGAAAGCAGUGCCGCGAAAGGUGGCAUAAUCACUUGGAUCCAGCAAUCAAUAAAGACCCAUGGACGAAGACGGAGGAAGAAACUUUAAGACACUACCAUCAACUAAUUGGUAACAAAUGGUCAGAAAUUGCAAAGUUUCUCCCUGGAAGGACUUAUAAUGCUAUAAAAAAUCACUGGAAUUGCACGGUUAGGAAGAGGCCUGAUCUGAAUUUGCCUCCUGUGGCAAUGGAAAGUGGCAUAAUAUCGCCUGAUGCAGACCAGAAAACGGUUGUUCAGAAGCCCGUUGGUUCCUGUUCAAUGAUCAUGGCCUUCGACAAUGCAGAGGCAAAACCUGCUCUGCUGGAUUCUUGCAGAUGUACUGAGAAAGUGAGUAACGUCAAUGGCAAGGCGUUUACAUCUCCUCCAAUUUCCAGAGACAACAGCCCAUGUGUAACAGAUGACAGGUGCGAUCACUCGCCAGUUGAUACCAGUUUAAGUCUGUCUGUAUGUGGAUACACUGCCAACAGUAAAAACACCAGAAAGAGAAGCUGGAUAAGUCAAUCACCUUCUGAUCCACCUCAGCUGAACGGUCAUCAGCUCGUUGAUUCCUACCCAACUAACCUGUCACUGUCUAUCUCUAGCAACACCGACAGUCCUGAAUCCAUGCUUAAGAGUUCUGCUAUGAGUUACAGAAAUACACCUUCAUUCAUACGGAGGAAGACAUACAGAGAAGUAGCUAGCGGGAUUGGCUCUCGCUCUUUUAGCCCUCCAAUGUGGUACUCAAGUUUGAUGAGUAAGAGACGUCGCAUGCCUUACCGUGACACCGGAUCUGGUUCAUCGGUUACUGUGGAAAGACGCCUCGAACGUGCAUUCGAUUUGGAGUGGGAUUCAAGCUCUGUUGAAUGUCAUACUCCAGGUUCAUCACAACUUGAAGAUCGUAAAAAGUUAAUCUUGACUCCCUCAAAAUGAGUGAGUUUUGAAACCAGUUUUGUUCUUGUUCUUGAGUAAUAUCCUUCAUGAAUUGUUGAUAUUCUUCCAGUUAAUAAUGGUUUCUUUUACCAUGUAUUACCAAAAAACUGAAGUCAGAUCAGUAAAUUCUGCUGUUUCUGCUAGGUAUGCUGCAAGCUGCCAUUAUACAAUAAGUCUUUAUGGAAAUUUUCAUGUAUAUGAAACAUCUUUUCUAUGAUUUA